AUGGCGCUAUACGGAACCUCCGACGCCCUGAUGUGCAGGGCAUUCCCGACAACUUUGAGGGGGCCGGCCCGCGCAUGGUACAGCAGCCUCAAGGCAGGAACCGUCUCUUCUUUCGACCAGCUCGCCCGGGACUUUGAGCUCAACUUCCUCGCCUACGCGCGUCCGAAGCCAUCCGCGGCGCUGCUCCUCGGACUCAACCAAGGGGAAGAUGAGUCCCUUUCCCACUUCUUGGACCGUUUCACGACGCAGAUCCGAGGGCUCUCGGACGCUCAUCCCUCUCUAUUGAUGCAGGCGUUCAUGAUAGGCUUACGACCCUCCAGGUUCUUCUGGUCCCUGGUAGAGCGACCCCCCACAACUGUACCAGAGAUGCUUCAACGGGCGAGCCAAUUCGUCGCUGCAGAGACGUGGAUGGCCGGGAGACCCAGGGGACACAGGGGGACCAAAUCGGAGCCGCCUCGACAGCAACAGCCACCAACAUCUCGGCGCAGGUCGGACAGAUCUGACCCGACGGCUCCGAGGCCCCCCCUGCCAGCUUUGAAUUCAUCUCAAACAGACAUAUUCCUUCAUAUAAGGGGAAAAGGUUUGCUCAAGGAACCCUACCCGAUUAAUGACCCCUGGGUGCUGGCAGAUCAAUCAAAAUACAGCCGCUUCCACCGGCAGCGUGGGCACGACACUGAACAAUGCCGGGAGUUGAAAAGAUAG